GCCCCCAGCAUGGCGGCGCUGCGGGUGGCGGCGCGGCAGAGACCGGGGUUCGGCUCUGCGGGGCUCAGGGCGCUGUGGGGCGGCCGCAGCCAGAGGCUGAAAAGGUGUUCUGGUGCCAACAGGAAGGAGGAAAGAGCAGUGGAAGCAGACGGAGCAGUUCCUGAGAAAGAGAGGAGCGAGCCCAGCCUGAUCCAGCCCCCGCCCCGCAGCCGGAGCUACGUCCCGCCCGAGGACCUGCUGAGCUGCCUCGAGUCCCACGUCAGGGAGGUCUUCGGGCCCUCUGUUCCCGAGGACUGGCAGCAGGCUCCGCUGCAGGAUAAGCGGCUGAAGCACCGCCUGCUGGCCCGGCUGGCGGCGGAGCUGGGACACGCCGUCCCCAACUCGCAGCUGCACUGCAUGCGCCGUGCCGGGGACGUGCUGGGCUUCUACCGCACCCCCGUGAGGGACGGCAGCAAGAUCGAUGAACUCGCGGCCGCAAAGCUGCCCUCGAACCUGAAAAUCAUCUGGCAGCAGUGAGUCCCCCUGCGCAGCAUCCCUGUGUCUGGCUGGUGCUGCAGGGCAGCAGCAGAGCCCUCUGACUGGGGUGAGAUCUGUGAAUUUCAGUUCACUGAAAUCACUCAGUAAUAGUGAAGUCUCCAACAGCACUGUAAAAUCAACUGCUGUCGAGGCAUCUUGUUGAAUUCUCCAGUGUCUGUUAAGGGCCCUGUUUUUUAAGUUCUUUGGGUGUUAGUUUUCCUUCCAAUCUAAGUGAUGAUGCAGGUCUGCUUUUAUUCAGAGGAGGUUACCAGUGAAGUCAGGAGGACAAGAAAAUAAGCAGUCUGAGAAAUGCAUAGUACUUUAUGAGUGUUUUCUAUAAAACAAGUUGUUUACAAUGAG